AAGAAUUCCUUUCUUAGUUCCCAUCUGUCAGGCAUAUAUAUAAAUAUUGUACGUUCUAAAACCCUAAACUCCACCAAAAGGAAAAAAAAAAAAAAGAAGAAGAGAAAAAAUGAAUUCAGCUGAUCUUUCCCUCCUUGAAUCCAUACAGCAUCAUCUUCUAAAUGAUUCUAAUAUUCCAGAAAUCUUUUCAGCUAUGGAUUCCAAUAGCCCUAGUUCAAGUUUUAGCAACUCUCCUUCUACAGAAAACAACUUUUACUAUGGUGAAUUAACACCAUUGAUAAACCCUACUUUAGUAGGCGCCACUGAAAAGUCUCAUGAAUUUGAAGAGACUAAUAAUAAGGAGACUGUGGCGGCGAAGGUGGCAAACGCGCCACAAGAUUGGAAGCGGUACAGAGGCGUAAGGCGGCGGCCUUGGGGCAAGUUCGCGGCGGAGAUAAGGGAUCCGAAUAAGAAAAAUGCAAGAUUAUGGUUAGGAACAUAUGAGACACCGGAGGAUGCAGCAUUGGCUUAUGAUCAAGCCGCUUUCAAAAUUCGUGGCUCGAAAGCACGGCUCAAUUUUCCUCACUUAGUCGGCUCAGGCAUGCCGGAGCCGGCUAGAGUGAACCCUAGGCGUCGCUCGCACUCGCCGGAGUCGUCAUCUGAAAACGGAACACCAAGAAAACUAUUUGUGUAACUAGGUUCUAUGUUUGCUUGUGUAUUUUAUUUGAGAGUAAAUUUCUUUUUCUUGCUGAGGAGUAAGUUUUACUUGUAAUGAGAAAUACAUAUGUAAAUUAGUUUAAGUCGUACUAGCUUUUGCUUGAGAUGUAACAUGAUCCGUCUUCUAUGAUGAGAUACUCAUAGUGGUCAUCGGAAUGUCAAGCAUCCGAAAGGUGGAUGCGUAUAUUCGGAGACUCGAUCAACCUUAUCCGUAGGCCGUGGAUAUCAACGUUUACUAUCGAGGAUCUUGCUCCCACUAGCUAAUAUCUUGGCGUACUGGCUCGAUUCUUAGCUAAUAUCUUGGUGUACUGGCCCGAAACUCGGAACGACAGUUUUCCCCACCACUAUAAAGGCUGCCCCAAUGCUCCAAGGUAGGAGCAUUAGAAAUAGAAGAAAAACUCUCUUGAAUACAAAGCAUCAUCUUGAAUUAGAUUCUUUUAAAUAGCUUCGCAAUUCGACCACACCUGCUAUCGGAGAUCGCUGGGGGAUUGAAAAUUUAGAAGCAUUUUCUCCUCUUCACCAUUCUAUUUAAUCUAUUUCGCUAUUUCUUAUUUAUCAUUGUUUGUUAUUUGUAACUGUC